AUGGCAUCUAUCGCGAUCGCCUCGAGUUCCGCGUUACAAGGAAUUGACGGCUUGGAACGAGUGCGCGAUCCGACGGUCUCAAGAUCUCAUCAUCAUCCACACCGUCUAGAUGCACCAUCCGAUCGUCCCGCAUCUACUUGCCAUCCAACAAAUCAGCAUCCGGCAUUCCCAUUGGACCGCCUGCCUGACGACGUGCUCUCAUUGGUCCUCCAGCAUCUCUCCCGCAACUCCCUCGCGCACGCCUUCGUCUGCAAGCGCUGGUUCCGCCUCACGUGCCUUGCGCGCGUCUACCUCAAGGUUCCGCGCGCCGUGCACUCCGCGCAGCUUCUCUCCGCUGUAGACACAUUCCCGACAUUGUCACAGCUCGAUAUAGCGGAGAACACCGUUCCGCACGCGACAGACGAGCUCCUGCGCGGAAUCUCCGCGCGCUGCCCCAAUCUCACGCGCCUGCUCAUCGGGUACCAGUUCCGCGCGCGAUUCUCCCCCGCGGGGCUCUCCGCGCUCUUCCGCGGGUGCGCGCGCCUGCAGCAGCUCCGCCUGUUUUCCCUCAGCGGAAUCUCCGCUCUUCCCGCAUCCCUCACGCUCCUUUUUCAGCUAGAAGUUCUCGAGUUAGGCGACGACCCGGCCUGGCGCGGAUUGGAUACGUUCACGAAUCUGAUCGAACCCGAUAUAAGCCUAAACUCGUUAAGCUGUAUGAAGAAGCUGGUUGUGAGCAGCCGCUGCUUUGAGAGCCUGCCGUGGAGCAUCGGCGAGCUGACUCGUUUGGAGCAUCUAGAAAUCCAUUCAGAGGUUCUUAGAUCGCUGCCCGGGAGUUUCGGGCAGCUGGGGUCGCUGGCAGUUCUGAAGCUCGAGGCCAAGUGUUUGGAGGAGCUGCCCGAGAGCCUGGGCAGGUUGAAAAACCUGCAGCGAAUGUGGCUGACCAACUGCGAGAGUCUGUCCAAACUUCCCGACUCGUUCGGGCAGCUUUCCAGCCUAUCCUUCCUCAGCAUUCACCUCUGCGACCGGCUCCGGUCACUCCCAGAAAGUUUCAGCUUCCUGCCCGCUUUGGAAACGCUAAAACUACACGAGCUUCCGAGCCUGCGCACGCUGCCCGAACUCUUCGGGCACCUGCCGAAGCUGAGAGUCCUCGACAUGAGCACAUGCGGGGUGGUGCGCCUUCCGCUCUCCCUCUACCUCCUAGCCCGCUUGGAACGACUCAGCAUAGCAGCUUUCCCGGACCUCCCCCACGUGCCCCCCCUCACUGCUCAACUCCUCCCUCCGCUGCCCCGCCCGCCCCACCAAUCUCUCCCGCCUGACACCGCCUCUGCAUUGCUUGCGUCUCCCUCCCACUCCCAUGCGUCGUCGUCUGCUGCUGGGGAGGGUGUUCAUGCGGGAUCCGCCUCCAUUUCCCGUGAGAAUGUUGGUCACGAGAUGGGGCAGAGUCAACAGAGGAGGGCGCGGCCUGUUGGAUUCUGUACUGGAUUGGGUGGGGGCUUACGGGACGAUGAGGAGGAGGAGGAGGAGGAGGAGGAGGAGCAGGAGGAGGGGGAAGAUGAGGAGGAGGAGAGAGAGGACGAGAUGCAGCAGGGGGAGCAGCAGCAGCAGCAGCAGCAACAGCAAGAGGGGGGAGGUCUGUGGGAAGGGCAGGGUGAGCAGGAGGGUAUGGCUGGAGUCAAUACACGCUGGGGAGUCGGGAGGCACUUUCCUUCAUCCUCGUUAGGGCUCUCCUCGUUAGUGAUACUAGAAAUGACAGACCACACUGGAAUCCUUGCCCUGCCCGAAGACCUAGGCUGCCUGCCCAAGCUGGAGCUUCUCAGGCUGGUCAGACUGGACAAUUUCACGGUCCUGCCCGAUUCCCUCGGGCAGCUGAAAUCCCUGCGCAAGCUGAUGCUUUCUCAGCUGCCCAAUCUGGAGUAUCUCCCUUCCUCUCUCCCACAACUGCCAUCCCUCGAACUGCUGGUCAUUCACCAAUGUGCCAACCUGGCAUCCCUGCCACGUGGCACAAUCUCAGGCCUCCAGAACCUGUCCAAGGUGGCACUCAUUGAGUGCGCAAGCUUGUGCAGUCUGGAUAACGAAGAAGGGAAGGCCUGCAGGGGUGGCACUGACACACUGCGCCAUGUGCUUGUGUUCGAUUGCGGAAUGAAGUCCCUUCCACCGUCUCUUCUACAUGUGGAGUCAUUGCAGACUGUACACUUUCGAAAUGGGGGGUGGUUUGGUUUUCCGGUGUUUUCAUUGCCGGAGGUGUACGGGUUUUCUAGUAUCAUCGCAUUUUUCUCGCCAUCCUCACCGUCCGAUAUGCUUUCCUCCCACGACGAGCCGCUUCUCAUUCCCUUCCCCGUGAACGAUCUUCCAGACGACGUGCUCGCGGUGGUGCUUCGCCUCGUGUCGCGUCGCUCGAUCCACCUCGCCUUGCAGACGACUGUCGUCUGCAAACGCUGGUGCCGCCUCCUCCGCCUCUCGCUCUCCCAUGUGACAAUAACGAGGAAAAUCACCCCGGGUGACCUCCUGUGCGCGUUGAGAACUUUCCCUUCAAUCACGUACUUAGAUCUUGCCGAAAAUGCUCUCAUGCCACCUGUCGAAUCCCCAUUCUUUCAAGACGACCUGCUCCGUCGAAUCUCUGACACGUGUCCGCAUCUGAAGAACUUCUCUCUCGCGCACCAACCGCGCGCGAAGGGCCGAGUCUCCGUCGAUGGACUCUCCGCGCUCUUCCGCGGAUGCCCGCGCCUGGAAUCGUUGCGCCUGCUCUCCCUCAGCGCAAUCCCCGCGCUUCCGCCCGCCGUCUCCCGGCUCACCAACCUCUCUGCUCUCGAAUUGGGGGACAUCAACAGCUGGUGCUUGCAGGCGCUGCCUGCGUCUGUUGGCGCACUGAAGAUGCUUACUUGCUUGGAGGUCACGUCGGAAAAAGUUUCUGUCCUGCCCGAGGAAAUCUGUGACCUGCCUGUUCUACAAGUGCUCUGGCUUAGACUGAGAAAAUUAAGCUAUCUGCCCGAGAGGUUGGGCAGCUUGGCCAGCCUUCAGCAGCUGCGGUUGAGGGACUGCACGUGUUUGGUGUCACUGCCCGACACUUUCGGGCAGCUCAGAAUAAAACUCCUGGAGCUCCAUAAUUGUGCAUCUCUCACUGCUCUUCCCCAUGAUUUUGGGUCGCUCUCCCAACUGCAGACCCUCCGCAUGAUCUGGGUGUAUCAUUUACCCAACCUGCCCGACUCCUUCGGGCAGCUCUCCAAUCUCCGUUACCUUGAGCUGGAGCAGUGCACGGCUCUUCGAGACCUGCCCGGCCCUGUCAACUCCCCUUGCCAAAACCAGACAUGGCUGCCCGCUCUCGAAAGCCUUCGCCUGGUGGGACUCCGCCAUCUGGACUCGCUCCCUCCACUCGGGCAGCUGAAAAACCUUCGCAGGCUGACCGUGUCACUUCUGUCGAAGCUUGAGGAGCUUCCACCAUCCCUCUCCCUCCUCUCCAACCUGCAAACCCUAGUCAUCCAUGGCUGCUCGCAGCUCAAAUCCCUCCCUGGGAACGUCCCCUCCGCCCUGCCCUCCCUCUCCUCCCUCGCCGUUCUCUCCUGCCGCGGCAUUCAAGAUCUGGAUUUUCUUCCGUUUUCCAAUCGUGCUAUGGAGACAUGCGGUGAGGGUGGGGUGGAGGGGAGGGUGACCGGUGAAGUGGUAAAGUGCGAUGCGUUACGGUGCGACAAUGUGGAGAGGGGUUCGCCGCCUGAAGCUGAAAGGAAGCUGCGCAUGCAAACGGGCACACUAGCAAAUGGUUCUAGCAGCUGCUGCACCUCAGGCACAGCCCACAAGGGGAUGAAGAACCUUGUAUCUUCCCUGUCAACUCAACUCUGUUCCGCCGUGAUCUCCUCUAGAUCUGACGCCAAGGCACGCCGGGCCCGUGACGUCAGCCCGCCAAUCCCGACGCAUCUUUCUUUCCUCUCGAGUGUGUAUGUUAUAGACACGGGCGUCAAGGUGCUGCCUGAUUCGCUGUGGCUGCUUCCAUCAGUUCAGUGUAUUCAUCACUUCAAUCACAAGUGGAUGGGCAGUAAGGUCAGUGAUAAGCCUCCCAAGGAGUAUCGGUUUGAGAGGAAGUCUUGCAGGAGUGACACAGAGGGGAGGGUGUAUGUGAGAGGUGGGUAUGAAGGAGAUCCGUGUGCUUGUUGCUCUUCAGAGAGAGCCAUGAGCUAUGGAUAG